AAGCCGCACUUGUGCAAUUUACGCGAAUGGAUCACCUAAUUUCUCCAUUAGGAAGUAUCUCUCGCGUUUAGUUCCUUCCCGCUACGAUCCCAUAAGGAUUGUCUGACAAUGGUUUCAACUACGAGUACAAUCCAAGCCAUAAGUGCAGUGCUAGCGUUAACUGUUUGCAUUCCCACGUCGGAAGCAUUGAGCGCUUUUCUUAAUGUUGCCAUACACAACAGUGGUUUUCAUCGUGAUAUACAUUAUGGCCUUCGGUUUGGUGGCAUCGGACGUAUGUCGUGUGAGCUAUUGCUCGUACAGCAGCUACCGGCAGCAAUCUACGUGAACACGGACCAGUUGGUGGAUAUGAAGCGCUUCCACAAAAUCAACAGCUACGUGCCUUUGUACGUCGACGUGGAAAAACCGGCCAGUAAAUCGUACCCGUUCACCGUGUACUUGUACGAAUCGGUGCGGAGGGAAAUCAACAUUACGCUACCGAUCCAUUUCCGCUAUCACGAUCCGUCCGGGCGCAAGUUCGAACGGAUUCAAGUGGAAAGUCCCACACUGUAUGUGCGGUGCAGUAAUGUGCAUGCAAGCAAGUAUCCACUACGAACGGUUGGGAAAGCGAAUCUACCCUGCUCGGACAGUGCGGAGAUUGAAGACUACGAUAAGCUAGAUCAGGCGGAAUUAUGUGAAUGGGAUGAGAUGGAAUUCAAUAACCUACCUACGGUAAUAAGUGUCCUGAUUCCGGUCGGGAAUAGUGCAUCGUACAGCUUCGUACUACCGGCCACCAUCAUUGUCAGCUGGAUCGGCAGUAUGUAUCUGAUCUACGUAAUUCUUAAGGUGGGAAGAAAGGUGAACAAAAAGCUGCUCUAGACAACCGGUCACCAAUACCACACAGAAAGCACUAAACACGUCGAUCUCAUGUGCACGUUUGUAUGCAAGGCUCAAUUCUUUC